AAGAAAUCAUCAAUGUGGUAUUGAGGUCCUCAGCAUACUAAAGCACCUCAGGGCGUGUAUGUAUAUUGCAGAUUGCUUCAGAAGCUUACUCGAGGCACCGGGACAUUAAUAUUAUACUCAUAUACUAUUAUAAUCAAACAUUUUAUACAAGCCUAUAAACACAUGAGCAUUUAAACAUAAGCGGACAUAUAUAUUAGUAUUCGCACACUAUGAGCACCCAUAUCCUAGCAGCUGGUCUAUCAGCUGUAGGCACAUACCUUCUAGUGCGUACAUACGACUACUAUGUUGUACCUACUUUAUUCAAGCGGAGAUUACUUAGCAACGCUGUUAGCGCAAACGAACCAUCAGUGCUCGCUGUACACCCCACCACCGUAGCGUUGUAUAGAAUGGGGGGCUUAAAAGUUCUGCUGGACUCGGUGGACCGGACCGGCCUGGAUGAGUAUAUCGUUGAGUAUAUACAGUGUGAGAUGUAUGCGAGGGGCGUAGUGAAAGCUUAUCUGAUGAGAGAAGAACUGAUAAACUAUAAAAAAGUCAUACAGCAUAUGCAAAUUCGCGGCGAGAAUCUGGAGGUGGAGCUUCGACAAAUUCUGGCGCUGUAUCACAAAGAAAGAGGAUCGGGCACUGAUGCCGAAGUAAAGAAGUCCAUCUAUCUGCAUCAACAGUUGUGUGUGCUCAGAGGCUGCAUACAUAUCCUGAAAGACGUCCGAAAAUUCACAAAGAAGAUCUGCACUAUACCAAGAUACCCCACUAAAACUCACAAGCGCAUGUUUGUCGCCGGGGAUGAGUGUGUGUGGCAUAUACCUGAGCAUUUCCACACGAACGAGAUGAUGGUGCACUUCCAGCAGGUUGUGGAUACUCACAAUCAGCGCAUGAGAGAUACCAUCAAAGAGGAAGGCUGGCCUCCCACAAGUUGUACUGUAGAGGGCAAGCGCCAUGAUUGCCGUGUCUGUAAGGGGUUCUUUGGCAAGGCAUGGAUUCAUUCCAAGGUAUGUUGGAAGUGCCAGGAUGAUUUUCGGUCGGAAGGAAGGUGCCCCUUCGAGAAGAACAAUCCGCGCACCAUUUGCCCACACACCCGGCGAUGUUUCUCCUGUGAGAGAGAGUCGUGCCCGGAGUGUCAAAUCAUUCGAGGAAAUGGAUCAGAUGUAGAGUAUUUUGUCAAAGAAAUGAAGCCGUCUAUGGUAUUCCUAGAUUUCGACCAGACACUAGCUAGCUCGAGAGGAGGGCAGAUACCUAACGAGAACAAACAUGGGAUUGACAAAUACUUGGGGAAGAUUCUUCUGACACAUUCAAGUGUUUGGGUAGUGACAAAGCAGAAUAUCAAACAUAUCGAACACAUCCGGGCCUUUCUUGCUGUCUUCGGAUUCUCCGGGGAGAAUGUGGUGUGCUUAGGCCAAAAUAAGGAGAAGUUGACAAAAGCUGAUGUCAUUCAGAAGAAAAUAUCACAGCUUCCCGAAGGCUCUACCGUGUUAUUCUGUGAUGAUACGGUACGCGAAGUGUGCGACCCAGCCCUUCGCGGGAACAGGAGCAUUCAGUGCAUACUCUUCAAUUCGAACGAUUACAAGAAGAAGGCAGACAAGUGGGACUUUGCGUCGGAGGCACUAUUGCUUGAUAAUAUAAUCGAUAGGUAA